GUUAUAACGCCACUACCUUAUAUAAACACUUGGUCUUCGUUCUCGCAUUUUGCUGAGCAGAGUUUGGACCCCUUAUUAUACAAAAACAGUAUUCUCUUGCAUUUCUUUAAUUUCUCUCUUAUUAUCUUCUUGAUCUCUAAUGGCCACAACAAAGAUUCUGGUGAUCGGAGGAACCGGGUGGAUCGGAAAGUUCAUGGUGGAAGCGAGUGCUAAAGCUGGAUAUCCCACCUUUGCCCUUGUUCGAGACUCCACUCUUUCUAGCCCUGCAAAAGCUUCCAUCAUUCAAAAAUUCAACACCUUGGGCGUUAACCUUGUUUUGGGAGAUAUACAUGAUCAUGAGAGUUUGGUUAAGGCGAUAAAACAGGUGGAUGUGGUGAUCUCUACUGUGAGUUACAUGCACUUACCCGAUCAAUAUAAGAUUAUUUCUGCCAUCAAAGAAGCAGGAAACAUCAAGAGGUUUUUUCCUUCAGAAUUUGGAAAUGAUGUGGAUCGUGCUGAUGAAUCAGUGGAUGAGGGAAAGGAAUUAUUUGAUACUAAAGUCAAUAUCCGCAGAACCAUUGAAUCUGAAGGAAUUCCCUAUACAUAUGUGGUGGCUAACUUCUUUGCUGGACACUUCCUACCCACCCUCUCACAACUUUUUGUGCCCAUACCACCCACCCCAUUUGAUAAAGUCAUUAUCCUUGGAGAUGGAAACCCCAAAGCUGUUUUUAACACGGAAGAGGAUGUUGCUGCUUUUACCAUCAAAGCUGUUGAUGAUCCAAGAACACUAAACAAAGUUCUCUACAUUAGACCCCAGGCGAACACCAUAUCAUAUAAUGAACUAGUACCUCUCUGGGAGAAGAAGACUGGGAAGACUCUUGAAAGAGUUUAUAUUCCAGAGGAGCAGAUUUUCAAGCUAAUUAAAGAGUCAUCAUUUCCCUUCAACAUGGGCCUGGCAAUUGCUCACGCUGCGUUUGUGAAGGAAGAACACACUAACUACGAAAUUGAUCCCUCAUUUGGAGUAGAAGCUUCUCAGCUUUAUCCAGAUGUCAAAUUCACCACUGUGGAUGAGUUGUUCAAGGAACACGAUGGUUCCACACCAUUUUACUUAAACCAAUUUAUACAAGCUAACUAAUUGAGUUGUUGGGGGGUUGUUUCACAUUUAUAUAUAGAGAAUCAAAUCUUUUGUUGACUUUGUUGCUAAUCAGGAUGUUAUAUACAAAUGGAUUGUUGUGAGUGAGUUGUAAAAUUACGUUGGCUCUUUUCUACUUGAGAGUGUUCUCAAUAAAUUUCAUUAUUAAUAAA